AUGGGAUUACCCGAGAAAAAAGUCGUCGAGGAACCAAAAGGACAACAGCUCCCUGGCCGCCAGAAUCCUGGGGUGUGCAAUGACUCCGAUGAAGAAAACAUGUCUUUGGCUGGCGAAAGACAGACGCCAGCUCUGAAGCGCAAGUUGAAGAGCAGACACCUUCAGAUGAUUGCAAUCGGUGGUACAAUUGGAACCGGUUUAUUCAUCUCUAGUGGUGAAGCCUUGGCCCAUGCCGGACCUGUUGGCGCUCUCAUCGCAUACAUCUUCAUCGGCUCCAUUGUGUUCUCGGUCAUGACUUCCCUGGGAGAAAUAGCCACAUAUCUGCCCGUGUCUGGGGCGUUUACGUCUUAUGCUACUCGACUGAUCGAUCCUAGCCUUGGGUUUGCAAUGGGUUGGAUUUACUGGUUCUCCUGGGCCAUCACCUAUGCGCUUGAGUUGACAGCAACGGGUCUCAUCAUCCAAUACUGGGAUUCCACAAUCAACACGGCGAUAUUUAUCGCAGUCUUCUGGGUCGUGAUUACUAUAUUGAAUCUGUUGCCGGUUAACUUCUAUGGCGAGGUUGAGUUUUGGUUAUCUACUGCAAAGGUUUUGACGGUGGUCGGAUUCAUAAUCUUCGGCAUCUGCAUUGAUGCUGGUGCCGGGGAUCAAGGGUACCUCGGCUUCCGUAAUUGGGUACAACCAGGUCCAUUCGUCGACUAUCUCGUUACCCCGGGGCCCACAGCGAAAUUUGUUGGGUUCUGGGCAGUGCUCAUCCAAGCAGGGUUUUCUUGCCAGGGAACAGAGCUUGUCGGUUUAGCUGCAGGUGAAACUGAAAACCCACGGCAGACAGUCCCGAAGGCUAUUCGGGCGACAUUUUUCCGAAUUCUCCUGUUCUAUGUGUUCUCUGUAUUCUUUAUGGGCCUCCUUGUACCAUCUGACAACGAAGACCUUCUGUCGAGCUCGUCUAAUGCAAGUGCAUCACCAUUUGUUAUUGCCGCCAAAUUGGCUGGUGUCGACGUUCUUCCCAGUCUCAUCAACGCAGUUCUAUUGACUGUUGUGCUCUCCGCAGCCAACUCCAACGUUUACAGCGGAAGUCGUAUGCUAGUUGGCUUGGCUAAUGACGGAUAUGCCCCCUCUCUGUUCAGAAAGACAACAAAGGGUGGCGUGCCCUAUUUCGGAGUAGUGCUCACGGCAUUGUUUGGACUUCUCGGCUUCAUGAAUAUCUCGACCUCGGGCACAACAGUUUUCAACUGGUUACUCAAUAUUUCGACGGUUGCAGGGUUCAUUCUGUGGGCUUCGCUGAACGCAUGCCACAUUUCUUUCAUGCGAGCAUUAAAGGCUCGGAACAUCGCUCGUAAUUUCCUGCCUUAUAAAGCUCCAUUUCAGCCUUUUCUGGCCUACUAUGGACUCUUUUUCAACAUUCUUAUUCUGUUGACACAAGGGUUCACGGCUUGGAUUCCUUCCUUCGACGUCAAAAGUUUUUUCGUGGCAUAUGUCAGCCUCAUUCUUUUUGCCGUGCUAUGGGUCGGUCAUAAAUUGGUUUUCCGAGAUAGUCUAGUGUCUCCACUACAGGCAGAUCUCGACACCGGACGAGCUGAAAUUGAGAAUGAACACUGGGAGGUGACGAUCCCAACCACAUGGUAUGGCAAGAUAUGGCACGGGAUCAAUGGUUAA